UGUGUCACUGGCAGGACGAACAGGGCAGUGCCAGGCACGUUAACAAUAACAAAACGACGCACGAUUGUAUUAGCAGUGUUUCUAUUGUUACCUUUUCUUGUUAAAGCAUUCCUGAAGCAUUCAUUUCCCUGCAGCACAGCAACAACCCUCACUUGUAUUGAACCUUUCAUCCAAACACCAUCUCUCAAAAGCUUCGAACACGUCUCCUAGGAAUCAUCUUGACAACAUACCUACCAUACGCUCCCGACGAUGGAGAUCCCAGGUAUUGACUUCAUGAAGUCGCUAGAAGACCUUUUCUCUGAAGCUGGCGCGAAUGGCCGUGACGCGAAAACCGAGUUUGUACACCUGCGUAGCAGCCUCAUCGACUUCAUCACUACUGUUAGCGGCGGCGGUUUGACUGCUGCUAAAGCCCGAGCAAAAUAUAAUCUCAAGUUCACUGAUGGAACUGAACCCGAGACGCACAUUGCCUUCUUCCCAUCGAACCACAAUAUUACAGAGAAGCGCCCUCAACUGGAUGCUGCAACCACCGCCAAGGAGUUUAUUGAGAUCCUCGGCGCUCUCUUCAGUGAACAGAAGAGCCGAAGCCGCAGAAAGAGGAGAUCCAAUAAAAAGAGAUCCAACACCACUCCGCCGGAAAGUCCUAUGAACAACGCCCAGAAACGCCUUGAGGCAGACGCUGCGAACAAGACUCUGUCAACAACUGAUGACAGCCCAAGAAAACGAAUCAAGCUAAACACGAGCAAGAAUAAAAGCGACGUCUCCGAACCUGCAGUUUUCAGUACUGCACAUCAGUCAAAGGACAAUACUCCCACUGAGUUUCCCAGUACUGAGAAUACGGUCAACGAUGACGGCACUAGUGUGCUGGUCCCUAUGGACAUCAAUUCUGGCGCUGCCUCGUCUCACGACAAAAAAGAAGAGAUGAACGGGGAACAGACACCGGCUGACGGGCAAAAACACCAUGGCUCUGCUCUCGAGGGGCCUUCACAAGAUCGAAAAGAUACGCACAUGAACGAUGCCGACAUCGAGACUUUACCUGCAUACUGCAGGUCGGAUAUUCUUGAAGUUGUCGCAGCUGCAGAGAGCAUCGAAGAAAACCAGUGGAAAUAUUUCAAACCAAAGCUUCUCGAGAUGCUGGGUCAAAUGCACCAGGAGCCGACACCAGAGCAACAUGAAAAGGCACUGAAGCGUCUAAGUAUAGCAAUUGCUCAGACGGAGCAAGAGAGGUCUCUUAUUCCCGUCGAAGCCUGGAAGAAGUACGAGGAAAAGCUUACAGAUGAAACGAAGAAGGGUUUGUUUGAUUGCUUGUGGUCUAGAAGGCUCUUCAAGGUCGGCAAGAUCAUCUACCUACAAGAGGAAGAGGUUGCCAUGGAGAGCCAGUGCUGGGAGCGCCUUCGGGCCGCAGCCCGUAUAUGUGCGAUCCUGAUCGAAAUGACUGCCAAACCAGAGGAACAGGAUAACCAGAAUGAUACCGACGUGUGGCUUAUUGAGAAACUUGGAGAUAUUAGCUUUCUGGAGAAGCUGUUUGCAUGCAAGGAGCGGCUUGGGGCGAUCAAGGGCACAGGAAGAGAUUGAGUGAUAUGGAGACACUGGUGAUAGGAAGCAGGGCCUGGAUAUAAGAGAAGCCAAACUUGUCGUCAAGAUCGCUCGUCAUUUGGUUCAAGGAAACUCGAUGAGAUAUGCCCCGUAUGAUAUAACAGCAGAGGUCAUUCAUCAGGCCAAAAUCGAAGACGAUAUAGUGUCUAAAUUGAGAAAUUGCUCGUUUUUUUUUUUUAAGUUUCAAAUGACUUUUAUUGGCAGAGAC